AUGGCAGAGGAAGGAAGUGGUUGGAACUUGGAUCUUUUGCAGGAGCUGUUUGAGGAGAAUGACAAGAAGGCAAUCCAGAAAAUGAAAAGUUUGGAUUGUACAUUGAAAGACAGAUGGAUCUGGUCCCUAAUCAACAAUGGCUUAUUUUCAGUGGGUAAGACUUAUGAUACUCUUAUUUUGAAGAAAUUUAGAUUAUUGGAUUUGGCAGAAGGAAGUGGAUCAGCUGACAUGGAGAGGAAGAUAAAAAAGAAGAGCUGGAAUUUGAAGAUUACGGGCAAACUUAAACAUUUCAUCUGGAAAUGUGUUAAUGAUGUCCUACCUACUAGUCUGAAGUUGAAAAGGAGAGGCUUGGAAGUGGAUAUUAUCUGUCAAUCAUGUGGUGAAGCUGAGGAGAAUUUAGAACACCUGUUCUUUCACUGUGUAAGGGCUCAAAGGAUAUGGAAAAUUGCACCUAUUCAUUGGGAAGGGAUGGAGGAUCAGCAUAUCACUUUCAGAAGGUGGUGGAGCCAAGUCUGUUCUGUUAAUAAGCUGCAAAUCUCUGAAGAUAGGAUCCAACUAACCACAUAUCUCUUAUGGUGGUUAUGGAAAUCGAGAAAUUUAUGGAAAUUUCAGAACUCUCUCUUGCCAGAGGUUGCAGUAGUUAACUUGGCAUGUAAGGAAUGGUGGGAAUACAGAACAGCUAGAAGCUAA